GGUCAUCAUAAACUAUAAUUUAAAUGUUCGUCAAGAACAAUGGUCGGAGAAGUUUGUUUCCGCUUUCACAGGUCCAUCGGUUCUAAGUGAUUCACUGGACAAAAGAAUCUAAGAACAUUGUACAUGUACACCCCCCAUUGUGAGUUAUUAUGUAUAUGCAGUUUCAUAAGCACGAGGGGUCUUCUUCUUAUAGCUAACGUGGCCACCGACCACUCAGGUUCAACGACUUUUUGAGUAAAGCAUUUUCCAUUUUUCACUGUCGAGUUGAUUGAAUGUUUCAACUCAUGUUCGUGACAGCUGAAGAAAAAAAAAUCCAUUGCAAUUUUUCUUGCCCGUAUGCAAAAUCACUGCAUUAUUGGAGCGAGACCAAAACAGUUUUUUUUUUAUAGACAGGUAUCAUACCAUUGGAAAUUCAAGAAACCAUAUUGGACUUCAGAUAGAAAUUCACAUUGUUUCUGGCUCUGUUGUUGGUGACCACACAAAAAAACAAAUCAGCAUCAAAUAUGUCGUAUCAUGGACAGCUCUGAACUUGAACCUGCGAGAAAAAUGAACAUCUUUGUUCUGAUUUUCCUGGUCGGCUUGCAGUCAUUUACGUGGGCCUACUUUGUUGAAGGGCCACUGUUCCAAGACGCAACUUCCUUCACCUUCGACAUUUCGACAUCGACGCUGAUCAAACCGACUCCUUGUUACAUCACGUCCGAUUCCGUCUCUCAAUGCCGAAGAAAGCGAGGAGUAGAAGAAAAACCACGAAUCAUUCACUUCGAUGACGACCUGGAUGUUGCACCAUCGGCUGUUAUCGGGGUUGAAACGACUCUUGCCCCACGUUUGAUAACGAAACGUUAUAAUUCGAAAACAGUUCACAGCUCGUUCGACAAUUCAUAUUCCGCAUCGGUUAACAUUUUCCGACAACUUGCUGCUAAACGUCGUAACAAUAAAAUCACAGUCGGUGAUUGUGGGUUGUCUACCGUCAAUUUCAGCCAGUUCCUCUCAUGUUUGGGCAUGACUGUUCAAGAAACAACAACAUUGACGGCCACCUUUACACAAACCGAAACCUUGUCUUCUGGUUAUACUACGAUGACCGUGUUAGGUUGUACCCCUGCAGGUUUCCUUUACACUUAUUGUCCAGCAGCUGCGUCUGUCAUAGAAACUUUGGGCUCUCGUACACAUUAUUUGCCCCCGUUGAAAACAAUUGAUGAAUCAGCGGCUGCACAGCCCUCGUUGAGGGCGUCCGGGUCGACUGGAUCAGUAAACGAGGAAAAACGUGUCGAAUCCAGGAUCUAUAAAAUCAAACUGAUUUGUUAAUUAAAGAAGUCCGGGCUAAAUCUGUCGUUUAGCUAUGGCGAGAAAGAUGACAAACGAUUGUAUCUAUGGUAUUAUCAAUGUUCGAACCAUUUUAUCACUUAAUCAUUUAUUCUAAUUAUUGUGCCUUGAUUGGUCUUUGCCUAAUCUAGUUUCGCCGUUCUUUUCGGUGGGGUUUUCACUAAUCAGGGAAUUUUAUAAUCAAUAAAAAGAUGAUUUGAGUUUUUGAUCUUUCAAUAAUUUAGCAGACGAAUAACGGCCAUAAUGCCCAUAACGGAAUAAUAGGUGGAACCCGAUUUUUCUUUGUCAACUCAAUUCACCGAAUGAUAUAGUGCAAUGUAAAAUUUAUAAGCUGUUGGGACCCUACCCGUAACUGGCAAUACAAGUAUUGAUAUUAUAUUUGAUGUUUAAGAAGAUGUUCUAGGGAUUGUCAUGCACCAGGAAGAGACGAAAGGGCGGAACGAUGCCCCCGAAAUGCCAACUUGCUGUUGCUGAGGAGAAACAAAGGUAGAUGUGCAGAAUCUUCACCUAGUUUCUAUUAUGGAGUGUCAAAUCAGAUACAAAGCUUUUAUUUUACAUGCAUUCUCUGAAAUUUUAUUGAAUCCUAAUUUUCUCAACAAAAUCUACGAUACGAGCCAUAAGCUGAGCUCGAUAUUCAUCAAAACGUUAGUCCCACUUUAAUUCAAUGUUUUUCCGGUCUCAAUAUUUAAUGGUAUGCUACGAUGAUUUAAUUGAUUAUUUUUUACAUUAGUUGUGCAGACAAACUUAUUGUAAUUCUUUAUCUUGCAUAACUUUGAAAAGUUUGAAGAAAGUUAAAUGGGCACACCGGCUUUUCCCCAAGGAAUACCAUUUCCACAAAAUGAUUUAUCAAUCGAAUUUGAUUUCUCCGAUGUUAUUUCAAGUAGGUGUACAUAAUAUAGAACUAAAAUAUUGCUAGCGAUAUAAACACAUUUUUGCUGCAAGAAUCUUUUAUUGAUGUGGAAAAAGGUCGUAUAGUAGAAACAGAAGAAGAAAAUAUUUUAGAUAGCCAUUGGAAUUGAUUUUUUUAAAGCCAUGGAAACGAAGCAUCAAAUAACUUAGACAACAAAUAACAAAAACAAAGGAAAAGUACACAUCAAGAUCACAUCAAAGUUUAACAGAUGAUCCACUAGAAGGAUUAUUUU